AUGGCGCGCGCGGUAAAUUUUCAGUCCUGCCUUUUUUCCGCCUCCGCGCACCUCCUUCUCCCCUCUCAACACUCUGCGGCUUUUCUCCGCCAGUCCACCGCGUCUCUCGCUCCCACUUUCUCCGCCACGUCCGCCGUGACUCCCGCCCUAGCCGCUGUUUCCGGCGGCGGAUCGCCUCUUGUUUUUAUCGAGGGCGAACGCUCGAUGCCGCGCAAACGCGCUGCGCGGAAGACCCGUGGUCGCCGCGCGAUCUGCCGAGCGGAGAACGCGGAGAAGGGUAGCGCGUCGACGGCGAGGGGCGAUGGUGACGCAAGCGCUUCCCACUCCACCGUAUGCUCUUGCCUGCUCAUUCCCCUCCUUUUCCCCUUCUUCCCAUCCCCCCCCCCCCCCCUGCCUCCCCUUUCCUCCCCCUUCUCCCCCGUCUCCCACUCCCCCCCCCCCGCCCUUCCAUUUACAUUUUCCCACCUUUCCCCGCCCUCCCCCAAUCCUUCCCCAACCUUCUCCGCCGCUCCCUGCAUGCCCCGCCCAGGCGCGUCCCUCUCCGUGCUCGUCGUGGGCGGCGGCGGUCGCGAGCACGCGCUCUGCUACGCGCUGCGCCGCUCGCCCUCCACCGCGCACGUCUUUUGCGCGCCGGGAAACGCGGGCAUCGACCUCUCCGGCGACGCCACGUGUCUGCCGUCCCUGGAUAUCCGCAGCAGCAAGAGCGUGAUCGAAUUCUGCCGCGAAAACCGCGUCGGGCUCGUCGUUGUCGGGCCCGAAGCGCCCCUAGUCUCGGGAUUAGUCGACGAUUUAGUACAGAACGGGAUUCCCGCGUUCGGUCCGACGCAGGGCGCGGCGCAGCUGGAGGGCUCGAAGGGGUUUAUGAAGAUGAUCUGCGAUAAGUACGGCAUUCCGACUGCUAAGGUGAGCAGUGGAUGGUGGCGUACGGGGCUCCAACUCUCGCCCCUGCAAACUUCCCUUCCUGACCCAAACCCCCUUCCCGCUCCCCCUCCCCCCUCCCCCUCCCCCUCCCCCCUCCCCCUCCUUCCCGCCUUGUCCCCCUCUCUAUCCCAGCACGCGUCCUUCACAGACCCAACCAAAGCCAAAGCAUACAUCCGCGAGCAGGGCACGCCAAUCGUGGUCAAAGUGGACGGGCUCGCAGCGGGCAAGGGCGUGGUGGUCGCAACAACCCUCGAAGAAGCCGAAUCCGCCGUCGAUCGCAUGCUCAUCGACCGGGAGUUCGGGUCCGCAGGCGGGCAGGUGCUAGUGGAAGAGUUUCUGACCGGAGAAGAGGCGUCGUUUUUCGCGGUGGUGGAUGGGACGUCGGCCGUCCCGCUGGCCUCCGCGCAGGAUCAUAAGCCGGUGGGAGAGAGCGACACGGGCCCGAACACGGGCGGCAUGGGCGCGUAUUCCCCCGCGCCGGUGGUGACUGCGGAGGUGGAGCGGUUUGUGAUGGAGCGGAUUAUUGCGCCGACCGUGAAGGGCAUGCGUGCGGAGGGGCUGCCGUUCACGGGCGUGCUGUAUGCCGGGCUCAUGGUGGAUGCGAGUGCGGGCACGGCGAAGCUGCUGGAGUAUAAUGUCCGUAUCCUUCCCACCCUCUCAUCCAACCUUCCUCCUAUCCUCCCCUCCCACGCUCGCUCCUUUCCCCUUUCUCCUUUUUUCCGUACAUUCCCCAUCCCUCCUCCAAAUCCCGACCUCUCUUUUCCCACCCUCUCUUUUCCCACCCUCUCUUUUCCUACUCUCUUUUCUGCACUCCCCGAAUUCCCCUCUCCCUCGCUCCCCUGUCCCCCUCUUUCCCCCCUGCCACCCACACCCCCCCACCAGGUGCUGAUGAAGCGUCUGCAAUCGGACCUCUCCCAGCUGCUCCUCUCCGCCUGCCACGGCACCCUCUCCUCCCUCCCGCCACUGCAAUGGACAACUGACCCCGCCCUCGUCGUUGUGCUCGCCGCCAAGGGCUACCCCGGAGCAUACGAGUCUGGAACGCCCAUCCAUGGCCUUGCUGCUGCUGCUGCCACUGACCCGAGAGUUACUGUUUUCCACGCGGGUACGAAGCUUGUGCCGGGAGAGGGAGCAGCAGGAGCAGCCGCAGCAGGUGGGGCGGCGGAAGGGAGGACUCCUGGAGCGUUGGGUGAGACGGAGAGGGGAGUGAGUGAGGGGAGGGAGGGGCAGGUGGUGGCGGCGGGGGGGAGGGUGCUGGGUGUGACUGCUCUGGGAGGGAGCGUGGGGGAGGCGCAGGCUGUGGCAUAUAGAGCCGUGGAUAAGGUCGAGUGGAAGGAGGGGUUUUGCCGGCGGGAUAUCGGGUGGAGGGCUGUGGAGAGGGAGAGCCAGCACAAGCAGGCGAAGUGA